GGCGCUCUAUUGUGCGUCACGCUUAUGCGUUGCGGCACCCACUUCCUGCCCUCGAACCAUGCCUGGGUUGUUUGGCUCCGUUUGCUGCUCUUCCAUCGUCGACGAUGCCAACUGGCGAUUACGACUCCAAGCCCAGUUGGGCAGAUCAAGUGGAAGAAGAAGGAGAUGAUGAUAAAUGCAUUACCAGUGACUUGCUCAAAGAUAUUCCCCUGACGGGUGUGUUGAGCGAAAAUGGAGGUGUAAGUGUGACCAUCGAGCCAGAACUUGUAAAAGGAGAGCCCCUCCCACCUCCCAAAGAAGUUGUGAAUGGAAACAUUAAGACUGUGACUGAAUACAGAGAAGAGGAAGAUGGCCGUAAGGUGAAGAUCAUCCGCACCUUUAGAAUCAAGACUCGUAAGGCCUCCAAGGCUGUGGCAAGGCGAAAGGACUUGAAUUGCCAAGAGGAGGAAGACCCUAUGAACAAGCUAACAGGGCAGAAGAUUGUAUCAUGCCGUAUCUGCAAGGGCGAUCACUGGACCACUCGCUGCCCUUAUAAAGACACGCUGGGGCCCAUGCAGAAGGAACUAGCUGAGCAGCUGGGUCUUUCCACAGGCGAAAAGGAGAAACUCCCUGGAGAACCAGAGCCUGUUCAGGCUCAGCAGAACAAGAUUGGGAAGUACGUCCCACCCAGCCUGAGAGACGGAGCCAGUCGCAGAGGGGAGUCCAUGCAGCCAAAUCGCAGAGCUGAUGACAAUGCCACCAUUCGUGUGACCAAUUUGUCUGAGGACACCCGGGAGACUGACCUUCAGGAGCUCUUCCGUCCUUUCGGAUCUAUCUCCCGCAUUUACCUGGCCAAGAACAAAACCACUGGGCAAUCCAAGGGCUUUGCGUUCAUCAGAUUCCACCGCUGUGAGGAUGCUGCCAGGGCUAUUGCAGGCGUGUCUGGCUUUGGUUAUGAUCACCUGAUCCUAAAUGUGGAAUGGGCCAAACCUUCCACCAACUGAAAUCUUCUGCCCUGCCUUUGUUUUUGGCUUUGGAAAUGACCAAGUUCUAUUGUUAACUGGAGAUACAAGUCUCUAAUAAAAAUUCAUUGCAGCCUUG